AUAACUGCACAUAAGGCUCAAGGCCAGACUUUCUCUCGCGUGGUGGUCGACCUUGCUGGAUGCACAGGCACGGAGGCACCCUAUGUGAUGCUGUCCAGAGCGACAUCUCUCGCAGGGGUACUUAUAUUACGUCCUUUCGACAUAUCUAAAAUAACCUGCCGUCAAUCGGGCGACAUGCGCAAAGAGUCUCACCGGCUAUCCGUACUCGCUGAAAAGACC